AUGAACUUCCCAAAAUCUGCAGGUCUAUCAACGACUCGCCCAAUGGCAAACGCUCUCACCGCUCCCGUUCUAGAGGUAGUGACCGCCGCGACAAGGAACGUGACCGCCAUUAUUCUGACCGCGACAAUCGGGAUCGUGACCGGCGCAGAUGAUGACCGUGACCGUGACAGCGACGAUCGUCGUGAAAAAAGAAGACGUGAAGACGGUGAAGAAGGCGCUCCCGAAGGAAAGCGUCGCAAGGAAGAUCGCGAGGGCUCUACCAGUGAAGCAAGGGGUGAGAGGCGGGAUCGCUCGAGGGAUUCUGACAGGAGGAAACGCGACAGGUACCCGAAUGGAGGAAGGGGUCAGUCUAGGGAAAAGGACAAGCGUUCACGUCCCUCCCCUACGUACGUUCCCCCGCCGGAUGAGGAACAACCGGAAGAAGGAGACUCUGAACAACGCUCCGUGUUUGUUUCACAGCUCGCAGCUCGUUUAACGGCCCGUGAUCUCGGAUAUUUCUUUGAGGACAAGCUGGGCGAUGAUGCCGUUCGUGAUGCCCGCAUUGUCACGGAUCGCUUGUCAAGGCGUUCUAAAGGAAUUGGCUAUGUCGAGUUCCGUAAUGUCGAUCUCGUCUCAAAAGCAAUCGCUCUCACAGGAACCGUUGUCAUGGGACUUCCUAUCAAAGUGCAACUUACCGAAGCUGAACGCAAUAGGCACCACCAGGAGGGCCAAUGCAGUAAGAAGUUCGCUUUCAGAUCGAUAGUGCAUCGUGCUGACGAACCGUUUAGGUUAUACGUUGGUUCUCUACAUUUCCAACUUACCGAGGAGGAGAUUAGACAAGUGUUCGAGCCGUUUGGCGAAUUAGAGUUUGUUGAUCUUCACAGGGAUCCUGCAACUGGCCGUAGCAAGGGCUACUGCUUCCUCCAGUACGUACCCAUUUGGCUUCGAGUGUACCCGCUAAUGACGGACGCAGGUAUCGUCGACCAGAGGACGCAAAAAUGGCACUCGAACAGAUGGACGGAUUUGAGCUUGCCGGACGAACAGUACCUUCGUGUCAAUACGGUCCAUGAAAAGGGUGCGGCUGCUCCGGGCGCUCUGACAAUGCGAGGUCUCGGAAGCCAAGCUGAAUCUCUUGACGAAGGCGGCGGUAAUCUUAACGCGGUAUCCCGUCAAGCGCUGAUGCAAAAGCUUGCUAGAACAGCUGAACCACAGGUCUCUUCUCCAGUGAACGCUGAGUUGUUUACUCUUGCCUUCUCCUUCAUGGCUGAUGACAUCUCUAGGGAGACGGAACCGGACUGGGAAAAGUCUUUAUCUGACGACGUUAAAGCAGAGUGUGAAACCAAGUUUGGCGGUCGUGUCCAGCGCAUUGUAGUCGAAAAAGAAUCAAAGGGCGAGAUUUAUAUUCAAUGCGAAAAUGUCGACAUGGCUAGGAAAGCAGUUGCGAACCUCGAUGGCAGAUGGUUUGGUGGUCGUCAAAUCAGUGCUUCGUAUAUUUCGGAUGCCAUCAUGAGAGCUCACUAG